UCAUGGUUUAAAGGAUGGGAGCGAGUCAGCAUCCUUGCCUUUCCUUCCCUUCCAACUCCAACAUUCUACUGUUUCUGUGCCUCCCAGGGAGCCGGAUAUGAGUGGAAGAGAGAGGACCACUUGUUACUAGGCAACCAGCACUCGCCUCACCCAUGUUGCCAUGGUGAUGAUGAAAGUUGGGCUGAUGGGAUUACCAGCUCCUGCUAAUUGCACAUGAGCACUCAAGGGGCUGUGGGGUCACCUUCUCCUCCCUCCUGCCACUCCAAGGCAUCUGCACUGUGUGUUAUGCAAUGAGAGAGCACCUUGGCCUGGACCUCCAGCGACCCACCUCCUAGUUCCACCUUGUAAUGUCCUAGAGCAGAGGCCUCAGAUCACUCCCUGGUGCCACGGCCGCUGAGUGUGCCUCGAAUCUGAAGAAGCUCUACACUGUGGGAACAGUACAGAUAUUCUGGAGUGUGUACAAUAACAUCCCUCCUGUGCCCAGCCUGCCUUUGAGAUGUAGUUAUCACUUAAUGAGAGGAGAGAGGCGACCACUUUGGGAGGAGGAGAGUAAUGCAAAGGGUGGCGUGUGGAAGAUGAAAGUCCCCAAGGACGGCACGUCCACAGUUUGGAAAGAGCUGUUGUUGGCGACCAUUGGGGAGCAGUUCUCGGACUGUGUGGCAGCAGAUGACGAAGUCAUAGGGGUCAGUGUGAGUGUUCGGGACCGAGAGGAUGUCAUCCAGGUCUGGAAUGUCAACGCCUCAUUAGUGGGUGAAGCUUCUGUGCUCGAGAAGAUCCAUGAACUCCUGCCCCACAUAUCUUUUAAAGCAGUGUUUUAUAAACCCCAUGAAGAGCAUCAUGCUUUUGAAGGUGGACGUGGAAAACACUAAUUGCACUCUGUAAAGAAUUCUUUAUCCUUUGCUGAUUGGUUUUGGAAACGGUCUUAACAGGAGGGAGAGUGAAGAGAAGACUUGCCGAAGCCCGAUGCUGGUCCAUUUAGAGUGGGUUUCUGUCCUGGCAGACUGGGCGGUUAGGACUCCGAGUGGCAGGUGGGGUUGGGGAGAGCCUGUGGGUUUCUGCCAUCAUAUCACU